ACGAAACCGUCGACACCAGUCGACACUCGUGCGGCGACCGCGACCGCGAAUACACGAACUUCUGCUCCGUAAUCCGCGCGCGUUUUGCGGCUCCUUGGUCGCUUCUCUCCGUUCCCGAUGCUCCAAGUCGUGCUAAAAUACCACGAGGAUUUUCGUGCGAUUUCUCAUAAUGAUAUGAAGAUACUGCUGAAAUAUGCACAUCGUUGUGACUGUCACUUGGAGGAAGAUAUAAAAUCUUCUGCGAAAAGCCAAUAAAACCUAAUUUGAGUUAUUUAGUAAAUAAAGCAGUGAGUGAAUUGUUUAUCAUGUGAUGUUACAGGCUACUGAACGAUUCAAAUUGAUAAUUAAGAAUGAAUAAAUGAAGGGUGAUAUUGUCUGACCAGUUAAAGAAAGCAUAAAUUCUUCUAUAAGAACUGCUCGCGGUUAUGAUAAAGAUGUGAUAAAUGGAAUAGUGAGUGGAUAAUUAUUUUUGUUAUAAAAUCGAAUGACUGAAAUUAUUGCUUGAGAGUGUUUUAGUAAUGAGUCAACUUGACGAAGCGUGCGAGAAAAAUUUCGAAUUCUAAUCCGCGGCUGAAAGUGCCUGAACUCUUCAAUAAUGAAGUGAACCUUGAACAACGAUAUCCCAUCGUAUUCGCCAGUCGGAGCUUAUUGUAUUGCCGGUAGUAAUUAAUGCACGAAUCAACUCAACAUUAAUUAAUACUACGACCGUGUUAGGUCUACGAUCGAUUGAUUGCGCGGCUGAUUUCGUUGCAAAUAUUUGUGUCUACCUACGGCGAAGGGGAAGUGCAAAGUUUCAAACACGCUAGAGAAUUUAGAAGAAAAGCUCAGAGAACAAUGGCAUUAUGCAUGUUGAAACGAACAAUAGAGGAACCGAGCCAAGAAUGAAAGUCGAAGGAAAUAGAAAAGUGUAAAAGUGGUGGAAAUAAGAUCUGAAGGUUCAGAGGAGCGUAUGAAGAAGAAGUUUUGUAAAGUGGUUAAACGUUGGUGAAAUUGGGUGGAAGUCAACUCGAUCCGCCUCGAGGUAGUAAAAAUGAGUGGGUGAAGAAAGCUCCAACCGCUUUGGAGGUUUAAUGAAAUGACGGAGAACACUGAGAGAAGGCAGUGAAAAGUAUUUAUUCUGUCAUGCUAUUUUCUUUUCGUUGCAUUUUACUGCGUUUCGACUAGGAGUGACACAGGCGACGCGGCGACGACGUCGCAAAACCAGUGGCACUCUUCUUUUGCGUGCUUAACAACACUAGGGAAAAGCAAAACUGACAAGUAAAGAACGAAGACGAGCGAACAAGGGGAUUCGACGACGAGCAACGUUAGUGGAAAGGAGUAAACAACCGCGUAGAGGGGAGAUAAAAACGAAGAGAAGCGGAGACACGACGUUAAGAGCAACGGGGAGAUACUGACAUAAAGAAACGACCUUCGGGUGGAGAUUUAAUAACAACGCGACGGAGGGGUUGCAGAGAAUAUGAAGAGAAAGAAACAAGAUUAAGUAACCAGGGUAACGAGACCGUGGAGGGUGGAGGAGGAGAAAGGGUUGGAAGAACAACCGAGGAUACGAAAAAUAUUCGUGGAAAAAAAGGACAGUCGAUCGAAUGAUUAACCGAAUGAUGAGGUGGUGGAAGUAUGAGAAUACAAAGUGGUUUCCUUCCCUCGCCUCGAUCAAACUCGGCUGUACGUUACAUCGGCCGCCAGCAAUCGUGUCACGUAUCCAGAUUCAUUAAAGGGCAAAAAUGGGUGCCAACCAGUCGACGAGGAGCGAACCCACCCCUGGAGAAGAAGUGAACUUCGAUCACUUUCAAAUCCUGCGUGCCAUUGGAAAAGGAAGCUUCGGAAAGGUUUGCAUAGUGCAAAAGAGGGAUCGUACUGGGAAUAUGUAUGCGAUGAAGUACGUCCACAAGGGCGAGUGUGCAUUGAGGGGAGCGUUGAAGAACGUCGCGCGCGAAGUGGAAAUCCUCUCGCAGUUGGAACACCCCUGUCUCGUGAACCUGUGGUUCAGCUUCCAAGACGAGGAAGAUCUCUUCAUGGUCUCAGAUUUGCUGCUCGGCGGUGACCUAAGGUAUCACAUCCAGCAGGAAGUCGUGUUCACGGAGGAAAGCGUGGUGCUCUUUGUAGCCGAAAUCGCUCUGGCACUCGAUUAUUUACAGUGUCACAAAAUCGUUCACCGUGACAUAAAACCGGACAACAUCUUGUUGGACGAAGAAGGACACGCGCACGUGACGGAUUUCAAUAUAGCUACGGUCUUGGAGGAUGGAGAAUUGGCCACGUCCAUGUCAGGAACAAAACCAUAUAUAGCUCCAGAAAUUUACAUGUGUUCCUGCGAGGAAUACGGUAUCGUCGGUUAUGGAUUCCCUGUGGACUGGUGGAGCCUGGGAAUCCUCGCUUGGGAAACCCUCGCAGGAGAACGGCCUUAUCCUAUCUGCUCCACUACGUCCAAUAGAGAGGCGUUGCACAUCCUUCAGAAGGAAAGACCGACACCCCCGGGUUGGAGUUCUUUGAUGUUCGAACUUUUGGACGGGUUGUUAACUGUGUCACCUGGGGCUCGUAUAUCCACACUGAAACAGUUUAAGCAAGUGGGCGUGAUGCGUGAUCUUGACUUUGAUAAAGUACUGAACAAACAGAUCAAGCCACCGUUCACGCCGCCGAAGGAUCACCUGAACUGUGAUCCAACGUUCGAACUCGAAGAGAUGAUCAUCGAGACGAAACCGUUGCACAAGAAGAAGAAGCGUCUGGCGAAGCAGAGAUCCCUGAAAGUCGAUCAUCCCCCGGAGGAUACGGCGGUUGGAAUCGCGGAGAGUGCCGGACCGAAUGUGGAUUUCAGAAGAUUAGCAUAUAUCCCGGAGUACCGUGUGUACAACCGAGAACGUGAGAUGGAAAGACAGGAGAGGGAGAGAAAAGAGAAACAGUGGGAGGAGGAUCUGAACACUGCCAUGAAGGGUGCUGAAGAGAGAUUGAAGGCAAAGGAGCAACCGAUACUGCGGACCGGAAACCGAUUGAGUGUAUCCAGUGUGAAGACACGCAUAAACAGUUCUCCAAGACAAGGAAGACGCGGCAGCACGGCGACGUCCUCAGAUAUCGACUUCAUCGAUGCCAGUCCCGAGCCUUCUACAUCUUAAAUUCUUUCUAGUGAAUCGUUCGUAUAUGAUACAAGAAAAUUCAUACAUAUUCUCCGGAUAGAAAGUUUUAAAGUGUCAUCAUCUUUGCAAAGUAUUGUACUUGAAAAAUCCGUUCUCGUUCUUGAUACACGUAGCCCCUGGGAACAAUGGACAUUUCCGGUUCAGUGACUGCUCGAAGCGAAUGUGAUAUUCACGAAUUCAGUAAGGGUACAGUGAAUAAAAAUUUGACUACGUUUUCUUAAUAAGAUUAACACGUUCGAAAUUUAUAAUUGAUAAAAAAUCUCUAUAUAACACUUGUACGAAGGUUUCUUUACCGAAAUAUCAACUAGUAUAAGCACUCAACCAUUGAUCUCACUCUGAUUCUCUCUUAAGAAAAGUGUAGCUACCGUUUAUUUUUGUAAGGAAUGAAACAAAAUGUAACCGACCAAUGCAGAGCCUUUUAAAGAACAUUCUACAGAUAUGAAAGCUUAGUGAGGAAAAACAAGAAAGAAAAAGGACAUUUAGGAGUUAGGACUUUCCACUCUUUUAUUUUCCUUGAGCUCAUCUCUUUUUAAAAAAAAGAACAAUCGAGCAAUACAAUGUUGCAAGGGAUUGUCAGAGUAUGCCGUCAGUAUUUACACACACACACACUCUUCACUACAUAUAGCUGGAACGUGAUCCUUACCUUCCCUCUUACAAUUAAAGGAUCACGGAAAUCUACGAUAGUUCCAAUUUGGAUGAAUUUUGUAACGUUUGACAAAGUUAAGACGUCUGCGUAAAAGAUCUAUAUCAUCCGAAUUUUGUAGCGAAUUAAUGAUUACGAGGAUAAUGAUCACGAAUAGGUGAUCUCCUCGAUUCAGAUUGUUGUUCAAUCAUUCAUUCACCUGCCAUAAUCACGUCACGUACCUUGAAUCAACGAUUGCACCUCCGAUAAUCAACCGACGAACACCAAAAAUAAUGUAAUUUUAUAAAAUAAUUGUUAGAAAAGAAUACAUACAUUGUAACGUAAAACUAAAUAAUUAAUAAUAAUAGAUAAUUAAAACGACUAGAAUACCAUUUUGUCUCUGUUUCCUUCAUAUUAUGGCUUAUCGUUAUUAAAGUUAACUGAAGUACUUGAAAAACUCGGAGUAAGAAACGGUCAACUAGAUUUUCACUUGACUAUGCGUUUGAGCCGUUUAAUCAUUCGAAACAAGAAUUAGUAAAAAGGAUUAAAUUCGUUUGGUGCAUCGGAUAGUUAUAAAUAAAUUGAGAUUCUUGCACGGAACGACUUUUGAUAAAAUAAAAAACCACGCAUAGCCAAGUCAUUUUGUCUUGAAAUUUGGGGCAGUAAAUAGUCACAAAAACUUCACGGCACUGUGACUAUUUAUUGCACCGAAACGACUACCAAUAUCAAUUAUUCUUAAAGAGGCAACUGAAGAUUAAGUCGACCACUUCUUGCUCUGAUCCGCUCUACAUUUUCUCCUUAUGUAUUGGUAAAACUAAUCGAUAAGCGCUGGAACGGCGCCAUAAGCACUCAAUUAAUAUAUUUACUACAAAAAUUCGAUAGAAGCGAUUUAAUACGUACAUAAUAACUGUAAUAGGUACAUAAACGAGAGCGGGAUUGCCAAAGGAGUGCCGAAUAAUCAAUAACAGAGGCGUCGUUUCGUGAGAGGGAACAGAGAAUGAAACAACAAAGUUAAUGGUCUUUACAAACUUAUAAAUUCCUUCCGCUUGAGAGGAACGUUUUUAAUUGGCAAUUACAAUAACAAAACAAGAAAGAAGAACAGCCGGAGAAAGUGAAUGCUUAAUGCUUUGCAUAUUGUUUGCACUUGAAGAGAUGCAAGGUCCUAACAAUAUUCACAGAGAAGUAAUGAUAUAAAAGAUAAAAAAAGAACUGCAAAAGUAAGGAAUGAAAAAUUUCACUGGAUCAAUAUGACAUUAUAGAAAAUAUAAGAAGAUAAGAAAUAUAAAAGUAUGUUUAUACGUGUUCUCCAGACGUGAUCCGAUGAAAACCGCAAAGUAAAUAUUAGGAAAGAUAAAUUUGACUUGAGGGUAGAAGCGAUUUAUCUAUAAAAUAGAGUAACGUUUAUUUUUUAAAUUAAGAAGAAGAGUCCUACGAACGUAUUUGUACACGAACGGAAGAUAAAGAAGAUAAAUUCGCGUCGCAAUGCUCUA